AUGUUGUUCCAGACUCUUGCCAGCAAUAUUUUGCCCCCACCCCUGGCGACGGGCAUAACCUGCUGGGCUUGGAGUUGGUGCAGGGAUGCUGGUUCGUUUUGUUUUGUGUACAUUCAUGUUGUUCACUUGGCAGGGGAACAAAAUAUCCAUACCCCUUCACACUCACUGCAACAACUUGCUGUCUGUGCUGCAGCGUUUACGGGGCUCAGGCUAGACCUGGACAAGCUACGAAGGGACAAUGAAGCCCGCACCAAUGUUACAAGAAAAAAUGGGCUGAUCAUCAACACUGGUGAUAAACUCACAAAGAAGGAAAAGGAGCAGCUUCGGCAAGAUGCAUCCGCCAAGUAUGGAUUGUCAGCUGAAGACAUUGCCUGGGCAGAUGCGGAGCUGAAGAAAAUGCAGCAGAAAGGCGCUAUGGCAGAGAGCACUAUCCCGCUGGAAGGUUUGUUCCUUGAUGCACCCACUGAGGAUCUUGACAGAACUGGGCGGAUCGCCCUGCUUGGGCAGCUCAGGAAGCUUCUGGUUGAAGCGAUGGCGGCUGCCGACAGGGACAAGGCUCAAGCUGCUGGGAGGGAUGUGGAACCACAGGACGAAGAGAUGUGCGAAGCUGGCGAUCAAAUGGAACAAGUGCAGCCAGAUGCUGACCUUGAAGAGAAAGAGAAUGAGAAAGAGAAUGUUGGCAUGACCUCCAAAUCAGUCAAAAAUCAGAUGGCACAGGAUGUUCACGUGGAGCAGUUCAAACAGCUGGACGAGAACCAGAUAAAUGGACGGCUGUGGCCAUUAGCAGAAAUCACCAUCAGUGGGCAAGGGCCAUGCACCAGGAAAAGGCAUUCUGAUGGCAAUGGAGGGUCUGCCUUGAGUGCACGCACCCCUGCAGUGAGGAAAAAGGCUCGCCAAAGGUCCAUAUGGUCACCUGAUGCACCCUCGGUUGGGUCGGACUCUCUGCAGGCAGACGUUGACUUGGGGAUUCUGACAGCGAUGGGAUACUCGAAACGGCAUGCACAAGAAGCCCUGGAAGAAAAUGAUAAUGAUGUUGCGGCUGCAGCCAAUUGGCUUGUUAUGAACUGUUCGUGA